AUGGAAAACCAAAACAAUAAGCUUAUUAGUAGAUUAACAAAGCGUUCGCCUCCACAUGAUCGGAUGUCAUUUGAAAGCAGCACUCAGCAAGGCCUACAAGAAAGUCAAGUAUUGCCGUCUCAGGAUUCAACACACUCUGAACGUCAGCGACCGAAUUACCAUACAGUUGUAAUUCGAGGUGAACUGCCGAAGAUUUCAAAAAGCCACAUAGCUGAACCAUCUAAGGAUCUUCCAUCGAACAGCUUUUGGGUAGAUGUGGUUCAUCGUACAAAUACAAACGAUGUUCCAAAUAGAUGUCAUGGGGCGCAAAGCGAUACUACGCAAUACAAACUCCUGUACAGUAAAGCAAAUGGACCUUAUACUCAUUCUGGUGGUAGUCAUCCAAUUCUGACAGCAUUUAUCCAUGCUUAUAAUUCUCAUGAAGACAUUAUUCUAUCACCGGAUGACAUCUGGCUCAUGGUGUGCAUCGGCUUUUCGAAAUAUGUUAAUGAUAAUGCGGAAAAACUUCGUCGCCUUUUUGUUGGUCACCACGGUAAAAAGGAACUGACUGUAAAACAUAUACUUACCAAGCCCGAUUGGAAUCGUUUUUUGGAAGAUAUGCGACAGAAAGUCAACAAUAAUGUCAAAAAUGAUAUUUGUAAUCUCCUCACGAAUAAUUUCUCCACGACUACUCAGCUGGAAUCGCUCGUCUCAUGUGUAGCAAUUAUGACCGCAUUCAAAAAAUACUUUGAUUAUACAUAUUGUGCGUCUAUGUGUGGUAUUCGUAAUGUUCACUUUAUGGGUACUUUGGAUGACUGGAAGCUUUUGCAAGAAAAAACUAGACAACUGCAAUCGUUUACUACGGACCAAGACAUAUUUUUUCGAUAUAUCACUGAUCUAUUACCUAUUCUUAACCAAUUUAUUCAAACAUAUGAGGGCAAAGUCGAUAAUCAAUUCUGGGAUACUAUUUUUGAUUUGGAACAUAGAGGUGGUAUGUCAGGUGUGAAAGAUGGAACUUACGUGAAUGGUUGGUUCCUUCGACUUUGCUACGAAACAUACGGAGCGAGAACCUAUCAUAUGAAAGAUUUUGAACUGAAUUCACUCGUUGUGCCGGUCAAAGUCCAAGAUGAAAAUACAAAUGAAUCAAAAAUGUGCUAUUUUGCUGGAGGCUUUCAUGGCGUUGACUCAUAUGAUGGUAUGCACAAGCCAGUAAUGAGUCUAGCGGUUGUUGAAGAUUCAAAUAGCAUUAAAAAACUUUACGGUUAA